AUGGUUUCAUCUAAGAAACUCCUCUUAGAACUCGCUUGCCUGCUGCCAAUCGCCCAUGGCGCUGCAAUUGACCAGCGAUCUUCCCCCAUCGUCGACCUAGGAUACGCCAAAUACCGUGGCGUCAGGCUCGAUGCCGGAGUAGAUCAAUUCCUAGGCAUGAGAUUCGCCCAAGCUCCCCUCGGCAACCUCAGAUUCCGCGCACCCCAAGAUCCAACUCCCGAGAAGUCUGUCCAAGAUGCCUCCAAGUUCGGCCCAAUCUGCGUAGCCGUCGGCCAAACAGCAGACGCAAACAACGCCGAAGACUGCCUCUUCGUCAACGUCUUCAAACCCUCCAGCGCAACUCUCAACUCCAACCUCCCCGUCUGGGUGUACAUCCAGGGCGGCGGCUACGCCCAAAACUCAAACUCCAACUACAACGGCACCGAAGUCAUCAAGCAGUCCGGCGACGGCCUCGUCUUCGUCAACUUCAACUACCGUGUAGGCGCUCUCGGCUUCCUCGCCAGUGAACAUGUGAGGAAGGAUGGAGAUCUCAACGCAGGCCUGCUCGACCAGAGAAAGCUCCUCCACUGGGUACAGAAGAAUAUCAAAAAGUUCGGCGGCAACCCAAAACACGUCGUCAUCCAAGGCGCCUCCGCCGGCGCCGGCUCCGUAACGCACCACCUCACAGCCUACGCCGCCAAAAAGGACACCCAGCUCUUCGUCGGCGCAAUCCCCGAGUCUCCCUUCUGGCCAACCCUCCGCGCCGUCGCAGACAUGGAGUUCCAGUACCACCAGCUCCUCGCCAACGCAAACUGCUCCUCCCUCAACUGUCUCCGCGAUCUAGACACCCAAGCCCUCUUAGACGCCGCCCCCAACGCGCCCUUCAUCGGAGCAGCGAGCGACAAUCCUCUACCCUUGUGGUAUUGGCUCCCCGUCAUCGACGGAGAUCUCAUCACAGACCACCUCUACAAUCACUUCGAGCGCGGCAACUUCAUCCGCGUCCCAGUCCUCGUCGGCGACGACACCAACGAAGGCACAUACUUCGCCUUCAACGCCACAAACCCCUCCCAAGUCUCGACAUUCCUCAAAAACAACUACCCCUACCUCCAAGACUCCCAACUAAAAAGCAUCAUCCGCGCAUACCCCCUCGAACCCCCCCUCCCCAAACACGCAGCAUACUUCCCCUCCGCAGAAGCCGCCUACGGAGAAUCCACAUUCACCUGUCCCGGAAACACCGUCGCCGCCUCUGUAGCCAGAUUCUUCAACCCUCGCCGCGUCUGGAACUAUCACUACAACGUCCUGGACCCGGACAACGUCGCCAACGGCCUCGGCGUCCCUCACACGUUCGAAACGAGCGCAGUGUUUGGACCGGGAUACUCAGACUCAGCAGCGGCGUCCUACUACACGACCAACGCUGCCAUCGUCCCCGUCACCAUGCACUACUUCUUGAGCUUUGUGACAAAGUUGAAUCCAAACACGGCAAAGUAUCAUUCAGCUCCAAACUGGGAUCCUUGGGGCCAAGGCACGGGGCAACGCAUCAGACUGCAGACCAACAAUACUGCCAUGGAGCCUGUGCCAUUUGAUCAGAUUGCGAGGUGUAAUCUUUGGAAUAGUCUGCAAAGCUACACGCAGAUGUAA